AUGCCCCUGCCGCGGGCUCCGUGCCCGCCUCGGCCCGUGGGCGAGGCAGCUGCACUCUCCUGUCAGCCGUUCGAAUCCGACUCUCUGUAUUCCCUCGCUCUAAAAUGCCUUAUUAGUUUCUCCACUAUUAUCCUGCUUGGGCUCGUUAUAGUAUACCAUGCAAGGGAAAUUCAGUUAUUCAUGGUGGACAAUGGAGCAGAUGACUGGAGAAUAGCCAUGACUUAUGAGCGUAUUUUCUUUAUCUGCUUGGAAAUACUUGUAUGUGCUAUACAUCCCAUACCUGGGAACUAUACAUUCACAUGGACAGCCCGGCUUGCCUUUUCUUAUGCUCCAUCCACAACAACAGCUGAUGUGGAUAUUAUUUUAUCUAUACCAAUGUUCUUAAGGCUGUAUCUUAUUGCCAGAGUUAUGCUUUUGCAUAGCAAACUUUUCACUGAUGCAUCAUCUAGAAGCAUUGGAGCGUUAAAUAAGAUAAACUUCAAUACCCGUUUUGUUAUGAAGACUUUAAUGACAAUAUGUCCAGGAACUGUACUGUUGGUUUUUAGUAUCUCAUUAUGGAUAAUUGCUGCAUGGACUGUCCGAGCUUGUGAAAGGUACCAUGAUCAACAGGAUGUUACAAGCAACUUCCUUGGAGCAAUGUGGUUGAUUUCAAUAACAUUUCUAUCCAUUGGAUAUGGUGACAUGGUACCUAAUACAUACUGUGGGAAAGGAGUCUGUUUAUUGACUGGAAUCAUGGGUGCUGGGUGCACUGCACUGGUGGUAGCUGUGGUUGCAAGAAAGUUAGAACUAACCAAAGCUGAAAAACAUGUGCAUAAUUUCAUGAUGGACACCCAGCUAACUAAAAGAGUGAAAAAUGCAGCGGCCAAUGUACUCAGGGAAACAUGGUUAAUUUAUAAAAGUACAAAGCUGGUUAAAAAGAUAGACCAUGCGAAAGUAAGGAAACAUCAACGAAAAUUCUUGCAAGCUAUUCAUCACAAUGUUACUCAAAACGUCAUGUAUGACAUGAUUUCUGACUUCAAUGAACGAAGUGAAGAUUUUGAGAAGAGAAUCAUUACUCUGGAAACAAAACUGGAAAGUUUAAUUGGUAGCAUUCAAGCUCUCCCUGGACUGAUUAACCAGACAAUCAGCCAACAACAGAGGGAUCUCCUUGAGGCUCAGAUACAAAAUUAUAAACAUGUUACCUACAGUGCUGAGCGAUCAUGGUCUUUGUCAAGAAGGAGAUCCUCCUCCACAUCACCACCAAAUUCAUCUGACAGUAGCUAG